UGAAUAAAUACAGUAAUAAAUGUAUUAUUCAUUGUUUGUUCAUGUUAAUUAAUACAUUAACUAACAUUAACUAAUGGAACCUUAUUCUAAAGUGUUACCGAAUAUUUCACUCUGUACAGAUAUAGCCUACAUUAUUCCAAGAUAAAUGUUUUAGUAGCCUACCAUGAACGAGAAAAAGGAACCUUUUAUAUGUUUCUUGAUGUUUCACCAUAAGAUGGCAAUACUAGGUUGUUUUUAAAUGUGGAGUGAACUGUAGUACCUGAAGACUGAUAUACAUCCUGUGCUAUUAUUCGUUUAUCCUGUCUUUACGUCUUGUGCAUACGGAAGUGUAUGUUGUCAAGUGUUGUAGCCUUUCUAGAUUCACUCCAACAACAGUGUAGAUUUAUGGCACAUUUUAAAAUCAAACGCAUGUUGAAUGUCACCAUGAAAUCAAAAUCGACAACUCUUAUUUUAAUGUAUUAAUGCAAUGUUUAUUAUAGGAUAAAUUAAUAAUCUGUACACAUCAUUUAUUCUUUUAUUUUUUAUUUUUUUUCUCAAAAACUUGAACUUUCCCUCCCCAUUCCAGCAAAAUGACAAGAAAGUCCCUUUCUACUUUUUUUUUCUCAAGAAUGCAUUUUACUCUCCUUAACUUCACAAUACAGAAGAAAAUAUUAUAAGAAUUUUCUGAAGUUAAAAUUUACCCAUAUUUGAAUUUUUAUAUAUUUUUUUACUGGUUCAUGUAAAUGUUUCAUGAAAUAAAACAUGAUGCUUCUGUUUUGCAAGAUUACAUCUAAAAAUCAGAUUAACAAAUGAUUCAACCAAUUCCCUGCCCUGCAUUUUUCUUCUUUUUCAAUAAUUUGUUAAACUUUCUUGGAUAUAUGUCGUAUAACAUAAAUAUAUGUUUCACUGUUUCCAUUUCAUUGUGACUUUAAGGAACUUGUUUGGAAAUGGUCAUUAUUUUUAUUAUUUUUUUAGCACUAAAAGGAAUUUGCCAUUCCUUUUAGUGCUGCUAGAUGUGCACAGUUAACAGCAGCUAGAAAGUAAAGGUGAGAUAACAUUAGGAGCAUCUCUCACCCUCUCUCACACACCAACUUUCAGUACAGUAGUAAUAAAGUAGGAUCACUGUUUUUAAAUACCCCUCCCAUUUUUUCACUUUCUGACCCUCUUCUUUGCCGAAGAGGUGAAGAGGCAGUCUACAGAAAUAAUAUCUUUUUGAAUCCAGGCAUGAUGUGAUGUGGGUCUAUGUGGAUAAGAGCAGAGGGAUUAUACAGAUGUUGCAUGUAAAUUCAGAGCUCAGGAUUACCUCUGAACCGAGAGUAGGAGAGUAGGAGUAAACAUCGUCACAGUGCCAUGCUGCAGGGUGGUGGUACAGCUGUGUUUACCCGGCUGGUAUAAUGGGGCGUCGUGGCCCAGGGGUGUGUGGCGGUGCACACUUCUGUCGGAAAGUUUUGGCCAGGUGUAAGUGCUGCUUCACACAGCAAGAGGCAUACACAUUGACAGAGCUCAGCGAUGUCUCCUUGCCUCCUGAUAUACCUUCAAUCUCCAUCUCCAUUGAUGACCUUUCUCCAAUCUCACCCAGCAACCAUCAGCCUCUUUCCACCAGGCAACCAUCUAGCACACCCAAAUGCUCCAUUAAAGCCUUCAAGAGAUGGUUGAGCAGCCCAGUUCGAAGGUUUAGCUUGGGCGGAGGUGGCAAGAGUCAGAGCUCAGAGGACAUUCAGGGCCUAGAUGGGUCAUCCUAUGUGUUUCUCCCUCUCUCACCUGCUCAAAGCUCAUUGAGCCCAACAGCGAAGUCCAAAAAACUGUCCCGCUCCUACAGAUCUCUGGAGUGUGCUGAACUUUCAAGGUCGUCAUCUCCUGACAGUUACCCAAGAUACCUAAAUGAUCUCUUGCAGGGGCAUCGAUCUUGCGAUGUGCGUUCUGUGGAGAGAGAUCUGGACUUGACUGAUGAGACACAGGUACAAUCACAGAGUCCAGAGGAUGAGGAGCAGGAGAGAAGAACAGCCUUAGAGAAAAGCAUAUAUGUGCUGACAGAGCUGGUAGAAACAGAGAAGCUGUAUGUGGAGGAUCUGGGGCUUGUGGUGGAGGGUUAUAUGGCUACAAUGAAUAGUGUUGGGGUGCCCGAGUAUUUGGAGGGAAAGGAUAAAAUUGUGUUUGGGAACAUUCAUCAGAUCUACGAUUGGCACAAAGACUAUUUUCUUGGAGAGUUGGAGAAAUGUGUGUGUGAACCUGACCUGCUGGCACUACUGUUUAUCAAACAUGAGAGGCGGCUCAACAUGUAUGUGGUUUAUUGUCAGAACAAGCCAAAAUCAGAGCACAUUGUCUCAGAGUAUAUUGAAACCUAUUUUGAGGAGCUGAGGCAACAGCUGGGUCACAGACUGCAGUUAAAUGACCUGCUCAUCAAACCUGUUCAGAGAAUCAUGAAGUAUCAGCUGCUGUUGAAGGACUUCUUGAAGUACUACACUAAAGCAGGCAGACAAACAGAAGAUCUUGAGAGUGCAGUAGAGGUGAUGUGUUUUGUGCCAAAGCGAUGUAAUGACAUGAUGAAUGUUGGAAGACUACAGGGUUUUGAGGGUCAGCUGAGAGCACAAGGGAAACUCUUGCAACAGGACACCUUCAAAUUCAUUGAAAAUGAGAACAGUAUUCUCUCCCGUCCCAAAGAGAGACGGGUGUUCCUCUUCGAGCAACUUGUCAUCCUCAGUGAGCCAAUCGACCACAAGAAAGGUUUUUGCCUGUCAGGAUACAUCUAUAAAAACAGCAUCAAGAUUAGUUGUUUAGGAAUUGAGGAUCAUUGCCUAUAUGAUCCAUGUCGGAUGGUGUUGACGUCUCGUAAUAUCGAUGGAAGCACGCACCGAUUCAUUCUUCGAGCAUCAUCUCCAGAAAUCAGAAUGACCUGGGCAAAUGACAUCAUACAGAUUCUGGAGACACAGCGCAACUUCUUAAAUGCCCUGCAGUCUCCUAUUGAAUUCCAGAGAAAAGAAACUGAAUCUUUUAAUCUGGGAAAGAGCUUGACAACUUCACCCUCACUGAACUCUGGCCUGCAACCCUAUAGCUCUGCCUUCACAGACCCCCAGGCUCUGCCCUCCUGGACUUCUUCACAGCCUUCUACGCCUCACUGAAAGAUUUCUAUCAUUCCUGAAAAGGCAUUUUCUUAUCUUCCUCUGUCAUCAACUCAUAAAAUGCCUGUCUGCUACCCUCAGUAGAACAUUACAAGGAGAUAAAGGAAGACUUAAUCAAUUUUCAAGUUAAUUAUGUCUGAUAGAAAAGUGAUUUAAUCAUUUAUUAGAACCUAAUUAUUCUUCCAUUAUGAUAUUGCACACAAACUGAAAAUCUAUCACAACCUUUAGCAUUUUUACAUUUUUUGCUACCAUAACAAAUUUAAGGUAGUGAACUGUAUAUGCUAAACUUAAUGUCACUGACAGGAUAUAUUUCAUGAAAGAAUGAAUAUGAUCAUAUAAAUUAUUUUUGUAGCUACUGCUAAUUCUAAAUUACUGAAAUUGUGGAUGAGGAGGUGAUAUACUGUAUAACCCCAAUUCAAGAGAAAUCGGGACAUUUUGUAAAAAUGCAACAAAAUCAAGAAUCUGGUAUUUGUUGACUACCAAAAAAAAAAAAAAAAAAUGCGAAAAAAAGAUUUCCAAAGUUUAAUGUAUUUUGAUUUCCAACAUAAAUGUAUUUUGUAAAUAUGAACAAAUUUUGAUGUUGAUGACUGCACCACACUCCAAGAAUACUCCAUAACAAGAAUGGUUGCCAUGUCAGGUACUGUAAAUAAAUAUCAGGUGUGUACUUGAUCCUCUAUUAGGUUGUAUCCAAUGUGUUACUUUUUCUUAUUUCAAUUUAGACAUUUUCAUAAGCAGUGUAUAUUCACUGAAUGACUGAGUUUCAUUUCAAAAGCUGUCAAUUAAAAGGUUUUCAAGUUAUCCCUGAAAUCUUUGUCUAUAUUCUAUAACAAGAUUUACUUAAUAUUUUUUUCAGAAAAACAGAACAAAAUGUUAUCACCAAAGCCUUUAUCUCAUUCCAUUGGACAACAAAUGCUUUUUCUUACAUUUACAAAAAAGGAAAAAAAAAAACAUUGUUUAUUUUUUUUAUUUUCCUCUUUUAUAUUUAAGUGACUUUUACAUACUACAUUAUUUUCUUUACAAAAUGAUCGAUAGGCAGCCACACUUUUUUAGGGGGACAGAGAAUUAGCAACCUACUGGUAGAGAUAAAAACACCAACAGAAAUUAGGAGUCAUGCAGACACAGUGAGAAACCCAAAGAUGGGGAGACAGAAUCAUUGCAGUGAAGUGAGGGGCAAGCAGGGAGGUUUUUAGAAAUAGUAUAAUCAAAAAGUCAAUCUCCUAAUUUAAUACGCAGCCAGAAAAUCGAUAUUCUGCUUCCUAUCUGUUCAAGCUCCCAUGACCUUAAUCUCAUCUGAAACUAACCAUAAGAGUCAAAUAGCCUUACACCAAUGCUUUUACAUGCUCCUUUUUGAUCUUGCGCUCAUGCUUACACCUGGAUAUGCAGGGCAGAUAAAUGGAUGCAUUCUCCAAACAGAAUCAUAGCAGCUCUAUUCUUACAGUAGUAUCGCAGGACUUCAAUCUUCUCUUGUCUUUUUCAGGACUAAAAUGAGCUCAGUGACUGGUAGAGAGUGAUAAAAAAACAUUUAAAAGGAUUUCAUUCCUUUUUUCUGCUUUGAGGGGUGUCACAUGGCAUUCAAGAUACGAAACAAGUGCACAAGAGUUAGUUUUCAAUUCCAUUUUACACUAUUGCUUGCCAUAUUGCACCUGCGAUUUUUAUACUGAAGUGUUUUUUCACUUCCUUGACCUCUUUUAAGGCUUGCUGGACAGUCUUGCACUUAUUUACUCCUGUAUGACACAAUUUUUAGACAGGAUGUAACAGAAAGUCACAUAUUCGCACACACUUUGACAAGGCCAUAACAUUAUUUGAAGAAUUUGUGGUUCAGUGGAUAAUGCAGCAAAACGUCAUUAGGGCCUCAUGCUGUUCAUGAGCGACAAUGUAAAGCCCACUUGAUGUAGUUUCAAAAACACUUAUCUCUCUCUCACACACACACACACACACACACAUUAAACAAACAAUAUGCAGACAAAUAUAACUACUAAAAUUAUGCAUGAGGAUGCUGUACUGUACAUUGGAUUAAAAAGCAAUUACACUGGCUUCUUACAUGCUUUUACUCUACAGAAGGUGGCUGCACACAGUCCAGGUCUUGUUUUUAAUGACUUAAUUCUAUCAAAUAUAGAAAUAUUUGCAAAUCAAGGUUUGAACACAUUUAAAUAGUUUAUCAUUACCUUUUGAUCUUAAAGGUAAAUUUUUGUUGCGGAAUAUAUAGUGACUUUUUAUGCAUGUCUUUUAAAUAUCGAAUCACUUUUUUCUUCAGUUUUUAAUGGAUUACUUGAACAUCUGCAUCAUCUACUCUGAAAGGUCUAUCAAUGUUGCUUUUUCUAUUUUAAUAAAGUUAGUUAUCUCAGCCAUUCUGCAUAGCAAAAGCCACCGACUGAACUUUUGAAAUCCA